AUGGUACGACUUGACCAUGCUGCGUCGCUUUUUAUGCCACUGUUCUGUUCCAGCAGACCCGUCGUUGUGAUCGUGUCGUUAUUCUCGGUCUCACUCAUGUUUGCAUUAUUUUAUUCAGGGUCUUCAUUUUUACUGAAGCAGUAUGAUGACCCUAUGAUGUUCAAACCAAACUCCCAGGAUUAUUUCAGGACGUCUCUUUUAGGUUUAUUUUCCCCAUUUCUUUUCUAUUUCGUUAAGGUGUUCAUUUUGACCGUCGGCUCUUCUUCUAACCUGAUGAUCAGUCUAUUUGUCGACUUCACAGUGAAUGACUGGUUCAUGUUGUGCAUAUUGAUAGCGUUAGCAUAUCCCCAGGUACAAGACCCUUCAUCGAAACCUUUGGGGUAUCCUAACCAAGAUCAUUCAAAAGAUCAAUGGCACAUAAUCCCAAGACAGAGCUACAUAUUUGGAGUAUCGUGGGCUCUUGGGGAGUUGAUUAUAUGUCUUGUUGCAAACCUAUUCACCUUCCAAGAAUUGUCACAUAUUCCGGACUCAGAUGGAUCAUUUUUUCCGGUAUCCACCAGCCAAAGCAAUGAAGGGGUUAAGAUAAACGGGACAGAUGACGCUCAUUUGGAACGGAAAGAUAUAACGCUAUCUCGGUGUGUUAAAAUGAGACAUCUUUCAUCUUCCAUAUCUUCAAACGUCUAUUCCUCAGAAUUGAAACCCUUGAAUAGCAAUCCGAGCCCUCAGACAUAUAAGACAAUUAAGCAUGGAAUGGAUGCCACUCCGAAAACUAAUAAUACCGCAGUUCUAAUGAUAGACCCACUAGAUAAUUCGAUGCGACUGGCUUCCUCUUCGUCAGACAGAGCUGGAACUAUUCGUGCUAUAGUACCGACACUGACGAGGAAGCACGGAUACGUAUGGGCCCAUUAUGACAAUGAAAUUGAAAGAGGUACAGUAGAUCAAAAUUUGUUUCACUCUACUGUUAAGCAUUUCUGUUAUUGUGACUCCCCAAAACUGUUGUUUUACAAUAUAUUACAAAUGUGUCUCAUCGUGGCCAGUACAACCUGCCUCAUAGUCGGUCAGAGCCUUCUCCUUUCCGUUUACUUCAUCUUUGUUAGAGGUCACGAGAGACUCUUUACGCCUACAGUUAAUUAUUUCGGUAAAAGCCGAAUACAGUUCUUUCUUACGUUCCUUGUUCUCCCAUUGUCUCUCCUCAAUUUUGCAAUGAGCGUGUUUACUUUCCUAUACCACGAGAAAGAUGAAAGAGGCGCUGCUGCCGCUCCUAACCAAGAUAUUGGGGAGACGGUCGGUACAGAGAGUCUCUCCCAUCUCAAUCUCAACUACUUUAACAUGUCGUAUGGAGGCGAGAACCCGAUGGUGCACCCAAGCUCUCCAGAUGAGAACUUUCCAAGUGCUCAGGAUAUUCAGAUAUCGCCUGCUUUUUUGAGCGAUUUUGAUGUGAGAAUAAAACAAGAAAAUACAAAAUCGGGUGUGUCCAUGGUAAAGGGUUGGAUUGAAAGGACUCGGUGUGCAUGGAGACGUGUAGCUGAUAAAAGCUGGUUUAUACUCCCAAGUAUGUUCCUGUGGGGAACAGGUGUCUUCAUAGCCGGUUUGAUAAGUACCGUGUCUGUCUAG